GUAUAUCGUUUCUUUAUCGUGCAAGCAAAGGAUAUUUCGUAAUCUUAGAAAGAUUACUUUAUAUGAAGUAAUAAUUAAAAACUACAAAAUUAGAAGAAUUGAUCGAUUUAAAUUUGCACGAGUGCUCUAAUAAGAUAAGAUUCAAGACGAGAUACUUGGGAUUAAUUUUUGAAAUUCAAGUGAAUAUCCAUUUCAUACAUUCCUAAUUUUAUUGCGACGAUACACGAAAAGUAGGAUUUACAUUACUUUGCAUUGUCUUCGCCUACUUAUCCGCAUUCAUAAAUAGUAACUUAUUGCGGUCGAAUCGGUUACUCAUUAAUUCGCGUUACUCAAAUUCAACCUCGAUACUUAAGGGCUACUUACAGGGAACUCCUGUAAAAAGGUUACCCUCGUUAUCGCGUUUAUUACGAGCAUAAAUCAAGUACAAUGAGCACCAGAGAUAAUCUCUGGCACCGCUGCUGUACAGCUCAUGCAUAAAGUAGCAAUUUCCCCUCUGUGCGCCGAAACUUGGUUCUCGUCUCUCUUGUUAAGCAUCGCAUCGAUCAGCUCCCAUCUCGCUCUCGCUUCCACGAUGACUUUGAUGCACGUCGCGCACAUUUCUUCUUCAUCGCUCACUCAGUCGCGCUCGAUGCGACGAUUUUGAGCCGAGUGCCGAGUCGCUCAGCGCGCGAAUCUCUCUCUCUCUCUCUCUCCCUCUUUCUUUUUUUCUCUUUCUCUUCUUCUCGCCCUCUCCUUUUCUCCCGCAAGACCGCUCGCUCGCUCUCAUAUUCUCGCUCUCGCUCAUAGCGGCGGCCAACGCGGCGGCACCUCUCGCUUUCACUCGCCGCGUGGUUGUGCAAAGAGGAGGCUAUCACGGCACCCGCGACGGCACUCUCAGUAUCCGCCGGAGAGUCGUUGAAGAUACGUGUUUCUUCUCGAUAUUAUCCGCGCGAUCAGUGUAUCUCAAUAUUAUCUGAGAGAAAAAAAAUAGAAAGGAAAAAGGAGAGAGGUCGAGAAAGAGCGAGAGAAAGGAAGAGAGAAAAAGGAAGAGAGAGAGGAGAGAGAAAGACUGAGGGCUUGUGUGAGCGAAACGGGAGAAUUUCACCGAAUUUUUCACCGAAAAUUACACCUUCUCACCGCGCCGAAAGCGACAGCGGGGAACGCGCGGGACCGCGGCGUGCGCGGGAAAAGGCACGCGUUCGUGUAAGAGCGAAGAUACCGAGCGGAGUCGAAAGGGUGACAGAAAUGGUGACAGUCGGCUGGCUCAGAGGCAGCCUGGUACUGCUGUGUAUAUUGGUUAUCGUGGUGCCGGCACUAUUGUCGACCGUCAGCCAGUUCGAUAUUUCCGAAUAUGUCUACGGGAUAGAUCACGAUUUGCAGGCGAGAGCACGCUCGGCCAUCGAGGCGGAGAUAUUCGCUUAUCGAUCGCGAUCAAACCAGGCACAAUCAGCCUGCAGAGUCCGAUCAGAAAGACCCUGUCCACCGAGCAAGUACAGAACGCCUUCCGGUGCUUGCAAUAAUGUAAGACAUCCUGCAUGGGGUGCCAGAGGCUCCCCGUUCCUCAAAUUACUACCGUCGGAGUAUUCAGAUGGCAUCUCAAGACCACGUCAAUCGGUGGGUACUCACAGUCUACCUGCGCCAAGCGACGUCGUCUCCCAAAUUCUUCUAUCCUCCCCGGAGGCAGGAAGACACGAGGGUUUGACUAGCCUGUCUAGCAUCUGGUCGGAGCUGGUGCUGCAGGAUAUCGCCGCUACAGUGCGUUCCGCGGGUUCUGAGGAUAAAUGCUGCUCCGGUGUGCAACAGCAUCCGGAAUGUUACGAAAUGCGCGACGAAAGAUUCGGUUGCAGGGGCUACCUGCGAUCGGUGCCGAGUUUAACGGUGCACGGCUGCCAGUUCGAAACGAGAGAGCAAAUGAACGGCGUCUCGGCGUAUUUGGACGGGUCCGGUAUCUACGGCGCCACCGAUGACAAGAUGCAUCUGCUUAGGACCUACGACGACGGCAGGGUCAAUCUGAGCGCCUGCGAGCUGUGCAACCGGACCGAUUGGAAUGCGCUCGGUCUGUUGCAUCGGGUUUUCCUGCGCGAGCAUAAUCGCGUGGCGGAGAAAUUGGCAGAGGCGAACGUGCACUGGGACGACUCGAAGCUCUUCCUGGAGGCACGCCGUAUCGUCAUCGCGCAGCUUCAGCAUAUCACCCUUAACGAGUACGUGCCAGCGAUACUGCGGGAAGCCGCACAGAUCGACCAUGAGCUCAGACCGCUUGCGAAUGGUUUCUACGCUGGUUACUCUUCGUCCAACAAAGCUGGUACAUAUCAAUCAGUGGCACUGGCAGCUCUGCAUGCUCUCGUUUGGACGCGUGCCAAUAAAAUAGACCUGGAGAGUCACGUUCUCACUUCCGCCAACGGUAUUGGUCUCGCGGCCGCGCCUGAUGCGGUCGCCUGGUCCAUACACGUUGCACGAGAUCACGGAGUGCCUGGAUACAUCAAGUAUCUGGCUGAUUGUUUGGGAGAGAACGUUAAGAUUGAAAAUUUCACGGAUCUGGGAAGAGUAAUGCGACCCGAGAAUGCGCAGCUGUUGAGUACGAUUUAUACGAAUGUGGAAGAUGUGGAUCUUCUCGUGGGUGGUAUCCUAGAGACUCCGGUCACAGGCGUCGCUGUGGGUCCAACGUUCGAGUGUCUUCUUAAGAGGCAGUUUGUGACAAUACGAAAUUCCGAUCGCUUUUGGUACGAGAACGACAUUCCUCCAUCAGGUUUGACACCGGCGCAGCUGGUUGAAAUCAGAAAAGUGUCCCUCGCCAGUGUUCUAUGUACAAACACCAAUAUCCGCAGAAUCCAGCCGAGAGUAUUCAUCCGGCAAGACCAGUAUCUGAACACUAGAAUCAAUUGCGAGCAAUAUGAAAUCUUGAACGUCGCGGCAUGGACCGAGGAUCCGCUGCCGCUUCCUGUGAUGCAGUAUAAUUCAGUAAACAUGAGCACGGGCGGGCCUACGCCGCUUCUGCCGGAGAUCAAUCCCGAGGUUCUCGCCGCCGCGGUAAAGAGAGCAGAGGAAGAGAUAAUCGAGCGAAAGCAAUUGGAAUAUAAUGCCUGGCUAGAGCAAAGAGUUGCCGACCCGAAAUCGGCCGCCGGCACUGCGGCCAGUUUCUCGAAAGCCAACAAGGACGCUUUGCUGCUCGCCAAUUCGUCCAUUAUGUACGAAUUGGCUACAAAUGAGAUUCUAAACGGCGUACACGGUCUACGACGUAGGAGACGACAGGUCUUCGACAACACAGAAAACGUCCUGGGCUUUCCGAACGGGAACGAGUUCUCCGACCUGCUGCAGAACGUCGAUAUCACCGGCUUCCUGAAUCACAAGCCGACGAAUCACGAGGAGGUCGAGUGUCCCGUAGACAAUUCCCGAUGCGAUCCAACUACGCCAUACCGAACUCUGUCGGGUCAUUGCAAUAAUUUACGCAAUCCUAGCCUUGGCAAGUCACUGACAACUUUCGCUCGUCUGUUGCCGCCUGCUUACGAGGACGGCGUUUCCAAACCAAGAAGCAAUUCCGUUACUGGCGCCUCGUUACCGAACCCCCGAGUAAUCUCCACCGUGAUCCAUCCCGAUAUAUCGAAUUUACACAAUCGUUAUACCCUGAUGGUGAUGCAGUUUGCACAGUUCCUGGAUCAUGACUUGACGAUGACACCCAUACAUAAAGGUUUCGCGGAAUCGAUUCCUAGCUGUCGAUCGUGCGACUCGCCGCGCACCGUUCAUCCCGAGUGCAAUCCGUUCCCCGUGCCGCCGGGCGAUCACUUUUAUCCCACAGUGAAUGUCACGUCGGGUGCACGAAUGUGCUUCCCGUCGAUGAGGUCGUUACCGGGUCAGCAGCAUCUGGGUCCGCGCGAACAGAUAAAUCAGAAUACCGGUUUCCUGGACGCGUCGGUAGUCUACGGCGAGAACUCGUGCAUCUGCAACAUACUGCGCGGCUUCAACGGUCGCAUGAACAUCACGUCGAAUCCACGUCGCGGUAGAGAUCUGUUGCCACAAUCGAGAACCCAUCCGGAGUGCAAGGCACGAUCGGGAUACUGCUUCAUCGGUGGUGACGGCCGCGCUUCGGAGCAACCGGCGCUGGCAGUUAUGCACACCAUGUGGAUACGCGAGCACAAUCGCGUGAUGGAAGGUUUGCGACAGGUGAAUCCCCAUUGGGACGGCGAGAAGUUAUUCCAAGAGACACGACGCAUCAUUAGCGGAAUGCUGCAACACAUUACGUACAAUGAGUUUCUGCCAAGAAUCCUUGGCUGGAACGCCGUCAGCCUGUACGGUCUCAAGUUGUUGCCCCAGGGCUACUACAAGGAAUAUUCGCCCACUUGUAAUCCAAGUGUGCUUAACGAGUUCGCUACCGCGGCCUUCCGAAUCGGCCAUUCCUUGCUGCGACCUCACUUGCCGCGCAUGGAUCGCAGCUAUCAGAAUAUUGAUCCGCCCAUCUUGCUGCGUGACGGAUUCUUCAAUCCGGACAUGCUCUAUCAAGAGAACAUGAUUGACGAGAUGAUACGUGGUCUAGUGACUACACCGAUGGAGACGUUGGAUCAGUUCAUUACUGGUGAGGUGACCAAUCACCUGUUCGAGCAACGCGGUAUUCCGCACUCCGGCGUUGAUCUGAUAGCUCUAAACAUUCAUCGGGGCCGCGAUCACGGAUUGCCAUCGUACAAUCAUUACAGAGCGCUUUGUAACUUGAAGAAAGCUACCACCUUCGAGGAUUUAUCCAGAGAAAUGGCACCGGAAGUGAUAGCUCGUAUGAAACGCAUAUACGCUUCCGUGGACGAUAUCGAUCUCUUCCCGGGUGGCAUGAGCGAACGACCGCUUCAGGGUGGCUUAGUCGGACCCACAUUCGCCUGUAUUAUCGCCAUCCAGUUCAGACAGUUGAGGAAGUGCGAUCGUUUCUGGUAUGAGACCGACGAUCCGAAUAUUCGCUUUACUGAGCCUCAGAUGGCAGAGCUUCGCAAGACAACCCUGGCCAAGGUGAUGUGCGAGAAUAUGGACCAUCAUACGGACAUGCAGAGAGCGGCGUUUGAUUUGCCAAGUAAUUUCUUGAAUCCGCGUGUACCGUGCAGCUCCAUGCCUCAUAUGGAUUUCUCUUCCUGGCGAGAGACUAGACAUGGCUGCCAGAUCGGCGGAAGAAAUGUCGCAGUCGGCGAGUCUGGCUUUCCUACGCCUUGCACUAGUUGCGUUUGCACCAAUGAAGGCACACAAUGUGCCUCAUUGAGAGUCACGGACUGCAAUCAACUUCUACGAGAGGCUUCUCGAGAGGCGAUUCUGCAGGAUGAUGUAUGCACUGCCCAAUGCGGUUUCGUGCUGGCAGCCUCUGAGAGUAACGCGAGGCUACAGUUCACCACGCCUAGCGGCUCGGGUUUCUCCGGUUUCCCAUCACAUACAAAUAAUCUGAGAGGCUCACCGACGCCAACCUCGUUCAAUGGCUUCAAGCUGCCAGACCUUUCGCAAUUUAUUGGCUGAAUAGAAAAGGAUGGAAAGACUUAAAAUUCAUCACUCUUUGUUAACUGAUUAUUGUAUUGUACACAGAAAACACACUGCCUUUACUUCGAGAGACUGUACCCGACAAACGCGAUCCCAAAAUUUCCUAACCAAUCAGUCAUGCUCAAAACUCAAUGCUAUAAAGGAAAAAAAAAUGCAGCGGACAGACAAGGCGAAACAGUGAAGGUGUUUUGAACAUACGCGUGAUAUAAGAGAUACUUAACGGAAGAUAAAAGCAAGAGUACCUGUCGGUGUGUAAAUAUAGAUGAUAAGGCGGAAGUAUUUAGUUCAUUGAAGAAUAUGAAUAAGAUCGCAUCGUCGAAAAAUAAUAAGAGAAAAGAGCAAGAAGACACGCGAAUGGGAUAGAACUUCUUGGAUCGGGGAGUAAUUGGUUUGAGGCACAUUGAAUUACUUUAAAAUUUAUUUCGAAUAUCAUUCGAAAUAGAAAAUUUUGAAAGCCUAGAAUAUUAUGAAAUUUUCUCUUAAAUUUCGAAUAUAUAUAUAAUAUAUAUUAUUAUAUUUAUUAAUAUUUUAUAUUUUUAUAAUGUUAUAUUCCUCGAUUUUGUAUACAUAAAUAUGAAUCAUAUUCAUAAAUUUUUUGUUUUUGUUAUUCAAGCUUUUUAAAGAGAUUUUCUAAACAUUUAAGGGUUAAAAGUUUCACAAGUUUCUAAUCUUUCAAGUUUUUAAUUUUCUAGUUUCGAAUAAUAUUCGUGAAACAAUUUAAAUCUUAUUUAAAUCUUUAUAUAAUUGAAUUAUUUAAUAUUUUUUUAAAAGAAGAGAAUAAGAGCAUCUAUUAUUACCAGGAGUAGUAUAUAUUAAAUAAACGCGCAUGCAAGCAAGACUUGCUGAAAUAGAUUGUCGCGUUGUACAUAUGUGGUGACAUUGCCUUACCACGGAAAUUGAAAUCGAGAAUGACUAUAAAGCACGUCAAAAUGGACAUGCGACAUCAUGUGUGCUGUGUGGUACGUGUCAGCGUCAUAUCGAUAUUGUCGCUUCAUACGUUUGAAUGAUGGACGGUAUCGGCUCGGAAGAAA